AUGCAAUUUGCUAAAGCGCUAAUAGAAGUAAAGAAAUUAGCAACGGGUUAUUAUAUCGGUGGCAUUAUACUGUCAUUUACUUUUUUCGUUUUAAAAAUUACAGUUGGCGUGUGUGCUCUCGUUUUUGAUGAAUGUGGCCUUGAUCGAAGAGAACAUGAAAUUAUGAUAUUCCUUGCUAUUAUGGUAUUUUAUAAGAAUCGGAAAGCAGCAAACUGGAUGCACUGUCUCGCGAAUAUGUUUCUCUUUUGUAAAUUAGCCAAUAUUUUCUUAUUUUUACGAGCUGAUCUUAUUGCUGGUGUUGUCUACAUCUGUGUUUGUCUCAUACAUUCCGUUUUCUAUCCAGAACCAGUUUGUGCAGAAUCAGAAAGAACACUUAUUUAUAACAACACAGAGUUAUAUGAGGAAAUUCAACGGAACCCGAAAAUAAUUUGGCUAGUUUAUUUUUAUACUUCCUGGUCACCAGAUUGUAAACACGUUUCUCACGUUUUUGCCGAGUUGAGCGACAGGUUCCAUUUGCCAAAUCUAAAAUUUGCGAAAUUAGAUGUGGGAAAAUGGUCACAGGAAGCGAACAGGUUCCGUAUCAAUAUACAUCCAACCAGUAGACAGUUACCGACGAUUUCGUUAUUCAAACAAGGUAAAGAAGCACAACGACGACCUACAGUAUAUAACCGGCGUGCAGUGCCUUUCGUUUUUACUAAAGAGAACUGCAUUCUUGCAUUUGAUCUCAUUAAUUUAUAUGAAGAAUGCAAAUCAAACAUGACAAAAGGCGAAAAAGAACAGUUCAUGAAUGAACAGUCGAAGAAAGAAAAGUAA